AUGAAGAGGCAGAGAAGUUUCUCUUUUAAACCCACUAGAUCCUUAGUAAUUUACUUCACCAUCUCUUCCUCUAUCAUCUUUCUCAUUUCCAUUAUCAUUUUGGUCAACAAAACCAAUACUCCUUCAGUGCCCCAAGAAACAGCUGUUCAGACUUUGACUAGUAAUUGUAAUCCAAAUAUUUCAGUACUAAAUGGUCUGGAAGAUUCAAUCUUGAAGUUGAAUGCUACACCCUCCAUUCAACCUGAUGAAAAUGCUUCUGGCUUUUCUGGGAUUAAUUCAAUUAUUAGUAGUGGGUUACAGACGAAGGAGAACCAAUCCCAAGUGGCACAACAUGAUGAAGAAGACAGAGGUGGUGGUGAGUUAGAUAAUGCUAACUUCACAGCAGUGACACAAAGUGCAAUUGCUGCAAUCUUAUUUGACAAGAUUGAGAUCAGGCCAGAAGAGCAAAAUGCCUCAUUGAUGAACAUGACUGACGAGCAAAAUGCUGCUUCUGGCUUUUCUGGGGUUAAUUCACUUAUUAGUGGAUUACAGGGGAAGGAGAACGAAUCCCAAGUGGCACAAAAUGGUUUACAUCAUGAAGAAGAAGACAGAGUCAGCGGUGAGUUAGAUAGUAACUUCACAGAUACUGCACAGAGUGCACCUGCAAUCUUAUUUGACAAGACUGAGGUCAAGACUGAAGGGCAAAAUGCUCCAUUGAUGAACAAGACUAAAGAGAAAAAUGCUACUUCUGACCUUUCUGGGAUAAAUUCACUUACUAGUAGAUUACAGAGGUUGGAGAACGAAUCCCAAGUGGCACAGAAUGGUUUACAUCAUGAUGAAGAAGACAGAGUUGGCGGUGAGUUAGAUGGUAACUUCACAACAGUGGCACAAAGUGCACUCCCUGCAAUCUUAUUUGACAAGAUUGAGAUGAGGACCGAAGAGCAAAAUGCUCCAUUGAUGAACAAGACUGAAGAGCAAAAUGCUGCUUCUGGCUUUUCUGAGAUUAAUUCGCUUGUUUCUGGAUUACAGAGGAAGGAGAAUGAAUCCCAAGUGGCACAAGAUGAUUUACAUCAUGAUGAAGAAGACAGAGGCAUCGGUGAGUUAGAUGGUAACUUCACAGCAGUAGCACAACGUGCACCUGCAAUCUUAUUUGACAAGAUUGAGAUAAAGACUGAAGAGCAAAAUGCUGCGUUGAGUAAAAACAUUGAAGGGAAAAGUAGAAAGAGGAGGGGAAGGAAGAAGAAGACCAGAGCAACUUCAUUUGAAAAUACUCAAACUUCAAGUAGCAGGUUUGUUGAAGAAAAGAGAAUAAUAAAAGGAGGAUGUGAUUUUACAAGAGGGAGGUGGGUCUAUGAUAAGAGCUAUCCGUUGUACGCAAAUGGUUCUUGUCCUUUCAUAGAAAAUAGUUUUAAUUGUCAAGGUAAUGGAAGAUUAGACGAAAACUUCAUGAAGUGGAGGUGGCAACCAGAAGAUUGUGACAUUCCAAGGUUCGAUGCAACAAAAAUGCUGGAAUUGAUGAGAGGGAAAAGGCUAGUUUUUGUGGGAGAUUCACUCAAUAGGAAUCAAUGGGAAUCCAUGGUGUGCAUGCUAAUGGGAGCUAAAAGAGGGCGCAGAAUCACCCAAGGGAAGGGCAAGUAUAUUUACAACUUCGUGGACUACAAGUGUACAGUUGAAUUUUAUACGUCCCCUUUCUUGGUUUAUCAAGGUAUGGCACGAGCAGGGAAGAAGCAGGUGAAAACCUUGCAAAUUGAUUCCAUGGAUCGCGCUUCUUCUAAAUGGACAGGAGCUGAUAUUUUGGUAUUCAACACAGCACAUUGGUGGAACGAUCACAAGACGAAUGCUGGGAUUAAUUUCUUCCAGGAAAGGGGCCAAAUUCAUCCACAUCUUGAUGUUUCCACAGCUCUCAGAAAAGCUUUGAUGACCUGGGCAUCAUGGGUCGAUAAUCACGUCAAUCCACGCAAAACCCAAGUUUUCUUUCGAAGUUCAUCGCCGACGCAUUUCAGGGGAGGCCAAUGGAAUACAGGCGGGAGUUGUGAGGAAGCCAAUGAACCCCUCAUCCAACUUUCAGGAAUUCCAGAGGAAAAAGAUAUAAUUGCAGAGGAGGUGAUAAAGCAGAUGAAAACGCCUGUGACUUUGUUGAACAUAACAAGCUUGUCAGAAUAUAGAAUAGAUGGCCAUCCAUCUAUAUACGGGAAUCAACGCUCGGGCGUACAAGAUUGCAGUCAUUGGUGUCUUCCUGGCAUUCCUGAUGUCUGGAAUGAAUUAUUAUAUCUUCAUUUGCAGUAA